AUGUUGGAUGUUACACGAUUUCUUUUGAAGCAGGGACUGUCUUUCCGUGGACAUGAUGAGUCAAGUAAUUCUUUAAAUAGAGGAAACUUUCUUGAAUUGCUUCAAUGGUACAAUCAACGAAAUGAGGAAGUUUCAAAGGUUGUUAUUUCCAUAAUCAAAGAUAUUAGAAACAAUGUUUUCUCCUUAAUGGUUGAUGAAUCUCGAGACAUUUCAGUGAAGGAGCAAAUGAGAGUUCUUUUGAGAUAUGUGAACAAAAGAGGACAGGUGAUUGAACGAUUCCUUGCAAUUGUACAUGUAUCUGACACUAGCUCUCGUUCUUUGAAGGAUGUUAUCGAUGCUUUAUUUGUGAAACAUGGAUUAUCAUUAUCUAGACUGAGAGGUCAAGGAUAUGAUGGAGCUUCAAAUAUGCGGGGUGAAUUCAAUGGGUUGAAAUCUCUCAUUUUGCAAGAAAAUCCAUAUGCAAGUGGUGGAGACAUUAGUACGAGCAGUAGCAAAAAUCAAGAAAUUAAUUUAGUAAGGCCAGGAGACACUCGUUGGGGAUCACACUACUUGACAUUGGGUCGUCUAUUAUCUAUGUGGCCUUCAGUGAUACAAGUGUUGGAGAAUAUUUGUGAUGAUUCUAGUUCUUUUGAUAGUAGAGGAGUUGCCAAAAGUUUGAUUCAGAAAAUGGAGAAUUAUGAGUUUGUUUUCAUGUUGCACUUGAUGAAGAUGAUAUUGGGAAUGACACAUGAGUUGUCACUUGUGUUACAACAAAAGGAUCAAAAUAUUAUCCAAGCCAUAAGUUUGAUUGAAAGUGUGAAAGUGUCGGAGAUGAAAGACAAUUGUUUGAUUGGUGGUCGUAGUAGAUGUCGAAAGCAAGUCAUCACCAAUUUGCAUUAUUAUCGUAUGGAGAUUUUCUAUCAGGUUGUUGAUUUAGUUAUACAAGAUAUGAAUACUCGUUUUUCAGAAGUUAGCACAGAAUUGCUUCGUUGUAUAGCAUGUCUUCAUCCAAGGAAUUCUUUUUCUGAAUUCAAUGUUCAGAAACUCGUUCGGCUUUGUGAUUUAUAUCCUGAGGACUUCUCAACAAAUGAUUAUAUAGUUAUUGAACAACAACUUCAGAAUUUCAUUCAUAAUAUACGACAGGAUCUAAAUUUUUCUGGAAUUGAAGAUUUGGGAAGUUUUGCUCAGAAAAUUGUUGAAACUCUAAAAAAUCAAGCUUAUCCAUUGGUUUAUCAUCUGAUUGAGAUGACAUUAGUUUUACCAGUUGCGACCGCUUCUGUUGAAAGAGUAUUUUCUGCAAUGAAGAUGAUAAAGACUGAUUUACGUAACAGAAUGAGAGACGAGUGGAUGAAUGACAGUCUAGUCGUAUACAUCGAGAAAGAUAUCUUUUCAACAAUUGAAAAUGAUCAAAUAUUGCAGCGUUUUCAAAAGAUGAAAAGCCGCAAGAUGCAGUUGCCUCCUCUUUCUUAUCCAACGACCACCUAA